UUACUUCAUGAAAAAGUGUGUGACUGAGCAAAAUGGAGGCACCAGCUCUGAAUGGAUCAAAGACUACCUCCAGAAAUGGCAGGAAGAAGAAAGAGUCUGGUGAUGAUUUCCACAGAAAAAAUAUAAAUAAAUAUACUAACCCUAUUGCCAAGAUUUUUGGUCAUCUCAGAAGAAUUGUAGGAUUCUUAUUAUUGGCAGCUAAUAUAUGUUGUAUUGUUUGUACAGUCCAACAUUUAGCAAGUAAUAAUAAGCGGACUGUGGAGUAUUAUGACUGCCCGGAGACAUGGAUUGGAAUUGGAAACAAGUGUUUUUAUUUUUCUGAUGACACAAGGAAUUGGACGUCCAGCCAAGAUUACUGUGCCUCCUAUGAAGCUAAUCUUGUUCAUAUUGAAACAGAGAAGGAAAUGAAUUUCCUAAAAUGUCUCAAAGGCCCUUUUGACCACUGGAUAGGCCUCCGCAGAGAAUUUUCAAAUCACACUUGGAAAUGGACACAUGACUCUAAACUUAGUAUCUGGUUUGAAAUCAAAGGAACUGGGGAAUGUGCCUUCCUGAGUGACAGAGGAGUCAGCAGUGGCAGGAUCUAUGCAGAGAGGAGAUGGAUUUGUAUCAAGUCAAAGAGGAUCAAUAGGUGCUAAAGUAUUUGGAAUUCUUUAUAGGGACUUUCCUAGACCAUUUAUGAAAUAUAUAUUGUAAUUUGUUAUAUGAAGUUGCUAUUUCAUUAUUUGCUUUACCAUGAAUAUACUAUUAUGCACUGAUAGCAUCUAUUAACAGAUGCAGUCAAACUUAUAUAUGUAUGUACCUGAUACUUUGAUGUUUCUUUUAGUAAAAAAUCACCAAUACAUUUACAAUAUCUGUCACAGAGAAAAUGCAAAGUCUCACAGAGUGACAUCAUUGAGUUUUAUAAACAGCACUUGUAAUUAUGGCACUAACUACACUGUUCUGAUUGAGUCACUAAAAGGCUGAAAUAAUCAUUCACAACACAUCUUCUGUCUUUCCAUCUCUCCAUUUUAUUGGUAUACAAAAAUAUUUAUGAUCUCUUAAAAUUUUAUUUAUAUAUUUUGACAUUGUAAAAUUUUAUCUUUAUUCUCAUCAGAUGCAAGUGAUGAAACUCAAAGCCUUACCCAUGUAAAGCAGGUGCUCUGUUACUGAGUAACAUCCUACACUGAUGAUUAUACAAUA